AUGGAGGAUUGGAGAAGAAUUGAUAUUGAUGCAUUCGAUCCUGAAAGUGGUCGGUUAACAGAAGAAGACCUCAAACCCCCCUACGCUACCCAAGUAGGUCUACAAGAACUGCAGCCAAAAAUUUCACAACUCCGUUCCGCUGCAACGAGCGGUGAUUUCGCCAGUGCCGUGCAAUUGGCUACAUCAGAUCCCCCAUAUAACUCGGACGAUGCAACCAAACUUCAAUACUUUUCAGCCGUGUUAGAAGUCCUCACUCAAGUUAGACAAGCGGAAAUAAUCAAUAUUGUCAAACAGCUAUCGCCUAAGCAACAAGAAGUCUUGAUCAAGUAUCUUUACAAAGGCAUGAGCCUUCCAGAAGGCCAAAAGCAGGGCGGCAUACUCCUAUCGUGGUUCGAAAAGGUUACACAAGUUUCAGGUGUGGGGCCCAUCGUGCGCUAUUUGUCUGAUAGAAAUACGGUGUGA